GUCGGUGAUCCACCACUACUCUAUACGAAAGACCAUUGAGGGAAAGCUUGUACUAAUCCAUGCACUACCGUUCAAAACUAUUUGUCAUUGGAAGCGGUAGGGUUAAAGUAAAACACUACUGAAUGUGGAUUACUUAGGAGAUAAUUAUCAGCUGUGCACCAGUGCAUUUUAUUACUAAGAAAUAUAAAAAGACAUGUCAAAGAGAUUAACAAGCUUGUUUGUACAAAGUCUAUUUAUUCAACCAAGAACUAUCAAUCAUUUUGCUGGACUGCAUACAUCAUCAAUUACCAUGGCAGAACCUUUAAAAAAGAAGAAAAGAGUCGGCCUAGCUGAUAGCCAAAUUCAAGUAACUAGAAAAGUUAGAAGAAUUGAAAAAGAAAUCAAACGACUUAAUCGUCUCGAUCGAAUAUUAAGACCAAUUGAAGAAAUUGAAGGAGAUCGUCAAUUAAAGAAAGAAAUAAAAUUACGUCAACGUCCAUCAAUAGAUAUUAGUGAAACGGAAUUAGAUGAACGAAUAGGUAUUUGGAAGAAUUGGACACGUUAUCAAAGAAAUGUAGCACACAAUGAAAUGAUCAUGUAUAAUUCAGCAAUUGCUGCUCAACAGAAUGCUUUAAAAUGGUUAUACAAAACAUCUCCCGAUUUAUACAAAGCGGCUAUUCAACCUUGUCCUGAAUUAAUUCAAUCAUCAGAAUUAUCGAAUGAUGAUAAUUUAGGAGUAGUAACAAAAGAAAAUGAAAUGAAUUAUUUAACAUUAGUAGGUCCAUAUAUGACUGCACCAAAAUUACACGGGGAAUUUAUUGACUCGACUGAAGAAUAUGAACCACCAGAUGGUGAACAAAUUGAUACAACAAUUCAAUUAACUUAUGAAUUUGAAAUUGAACCACAAUUAUUAGCUCAACCAAAGAAGAGAAAGUUUAUGUUUACAAAAAAAUGAAAUGUUCAAUUCUUUUUUUUCUUCUUGUAUUGAUAAACAAAUUAUAUAUGACUACAAUGUUACAUUUUGUUCGGAACUUAAAGUUAGUUAGAAUGAGUAGCACAACAAUACUUCCCUAUUUCAUUUGAAAAGUGAUCUCAUCUAAAAUAAGAAAAACAAAGAUGAAAGCAAUCGUAUUAAGACGAUGGUUAUUAUGGGGGGGGUAUAUUGGAAAAAAAAAGUUAGGAGUGGUCAAAGCAAAAUAUGGCAUCAGUCUAUGAAUUCAUUGACAAUGGAACCGAGACAUGUUCAGAAGUGUAGAUUACUUGGCUCAAGUUCACAAGAUUAUCGUAACUCGUGCCUAGAGACUUUGAAUGACAUGGCGCAAAGUCGUUCGCAAUUGUGUAAAGAAUAAGACAAUAAAUAAACCGGAAACAAAUCACAAAGCACACAGAACUCUAUCUCCAAGAGACAUUAAAGAAAUGUAAGUUAUACUUUUCCUAUGAUGUAACUACGUCAGAUUGAUUUGAUAAAAGGUAGUUAAUAUGAGAUGGGUUUUUUGUGGAGAUUUUAGAAAUUUCAGAUUAAAAUCAU